GUUAGAAACAGAAACAUGAAGUUACUUGGUAUUUUUGCCUGUUUGGUUGCCGUGGCGAUGGGGAGUGACGUCAUAGAACUCACAGACAACGAUUUCAAAAAUAAGAUUGGAACUUAUGACAUCGCACUUGUUGAAUUUUUCGCACCAUGGUGUGGGCAUUGCAAAAGACUUGCACCCGAAUAUGAGAAAGCUGCAACUGCACUUAAGUCAGAUAAGUCCAGCGCUGUUUUGAUCAAGGUUGACUGCACGGCUAAUACAGGGACAUGCGGAGAAUAUGGUGUAUCUGGAUACCCCACGCUUAAAAUUUUCCAAGGAGGGAAAAUGGCUUCCGAUUACAGUGGGCCAAGGGAGGCAGAUGGAAUUGUGAAACACAUGAAAAAGGCAAGCCAACCAGCUACAACGGAUCUCAAAGACGUUGAAGCAUUCGAAAAAUUCAAAACUGGGGAUUCUGGAGUUCUUAUUGGUUUCUUUUCCUCUGCCGAUGAUGAUGAUUUCAAAGCCUUUUCCUCAGCUUCAUCUGCUCUACGUGACCAUUAUACUUUCGGACAUUCGUUCAACGCUGAUGUCUCGAAGAAAGCUGGAUUUAAGGGUGGAGAUGUGGUCUACUAUCGUGCCCAGCAUAUGAUCAGUAAAUUCGAAGAAGCGGUUGUAAAGAUGGACGGCAAAGUUGAAACUGAAACUAUAAGAUCAUUCUUGAAGAAAAAUUACAACGGACUUUGCGGACAUUUAACUCCUGAUAAUGCAGACUCCUUCAAGAAACCUUUGCUUACUGCCUUCUACAAUGUUGACUACAAGAAGAAUGUGAAAGGAACUAAUUACUGGAGAAACAGAGUCAUGAAAUUCGGAGCAAAUGACAAAGACAUCACUCUUUCUGUCGCAAGCGUUGAUGACUUCGGACAACUUCUCACUGAUGUCGGACUUCAGGAUAAAUUCAGUGAAAAACCUGUCGUUAUGAUCAGAGAUGACAAAGACAAAAAGUACAUCAUGGAAGAGGAGUUCAGCACUGACAAUUUGAAAGCUUUUGUAAAAGCUUACAUCGAUGGCAAGCUGACCGCAAAGAUCAAAUCCGAACCAGUCCCAGAGUCUCAGGAUGGACCAGUUACCGUUGUCGUCGGGGAGUCUUUCGACCAGAUCGUUAACGACCAAAACAAAGAUGUUCUGAUUGAAUUCUACGCCCCGUGGUGCGGACAUUGCAAGAGUCUGGCUCCGAAAUUUGAUGAACUUGGAGAAAAGUUGAAAGCCGUUGAUGAUCUUGUGAUUGCAAAGAUGGACGCCACAGCUAACGAGGUUCCGUCUAAUUACCAAGUCUCUGGAUUCCCCACAAUCUACUGGGCUCCCAAGGAUAACAAGGAAAACCCUGUCAAGUACAAUGGAGGUCGCGAAGUACAAAAUUUUGUCGACUACAUCAAACAACACUCAAGCAGUGAAAAGUUGAAGAAAACAGAAUUGUAAUUCAGGGCUCAAGUUCAACAAGAAAUUGUACAAUGCCUGUGCUUAUCAAAUUAUCAAACACAAUCUAGGUUCUUCUCGCUGUUUUUCGACUCCACGCCCUGAAUUUUGUCAUCCCCCUUAAUAAUAUAUCCAUUUGUUAAUUAUGCAAGAAAUGCAGCGCUAGAGUUGAAAAAAAUUUACACCAACAUUUUUUGUUUGAAAUGUCUUGUAGUUAUUUUGAAUGUUGCAUUUAUACCGAGGCUAGAAUAUUUUGUGUACUGCAAUGAAGUAGAGGAUACCCUCUUGUUAAUUUUUAUUUGAUUCUGUGUAGGGGGGGAAAAUUACCUAACCCAACUUAUUUUAAUCUAACAUAAACUGAAACCGAUUCUGAAAAUUAAUGAUUGGCAAUAACAGGGUAGUAUUCUAACUGAAAAUGAGCAGAAUGAAAAAAAAAAAAUUUUUAAUUUCUCGCAUAUCGGGUAAGAGUAUUUAUUGCUUCACAACUAGAGCUGGGCAUUUAAAAUGUAAAAUAAUAUUAUUUGACGCUCCCGAAGAUGGCGCACAACCUGAACGUAGUAUUGUACCAGGUUAGCUUUCAGGUUGUGCACCAUCUUGGUGCACAUACCUUCGGAUUUCCUAUUUUUUCGAAUCUCGAAUAUUUAGAAAAUAUUCAAAUGUGACUUUUUAAUCGUGAUGGGUCCUCGGCACAUAAAUUACUGAAAACAUAGAAUCCAUAACUCUUGGCAAUUUCUCUGAUUGUUCACAAACAAUAAGAUGUUUCGUCAACACCUCGCAAGAAAGAAAAAAUGUCAGAAUCACAUUGUAAAAAUAUUGAUUAAAUGAAAAAAUUGACCAACUCAACUGGAACAUGUUUGGCCAAAUAAAAAACAAAAUGGCGGCGAUUUCAAAUCCCGUUUGAACGAUUCGAAUAAUUUACUAUUUGCUUCCAAACUGCCCAGCACUAUUUACAACUAAAUUUUCAGUUUUAUUUGUUCAUUUUGGGUUAUUUUAGGAUAUGUAUGAAAACCUUGGGUUAAGGAAGUUUAUCCCAACCUAUACAAUGUAAAAGCUGCUAAACUGGGAGCCCAGAAAAUGUUUAUUUUUAGCUACAGUGCCCCCAAUUUCCUUUUUUUCAUAUAUCAUGUCUUGUGCAGUGCUCAAGUUGAAAUAAGUUUUAGUUUUGCUCGCUUUUAUAUUUGUCAAUCAACGGACGACACUAGUAGUUCAUGUUCCAUUUUAAUUUUUUUGUCAAUAUUCUCCCAUUUAAGACCAAAUUAGGUAAAUUGUGGUGUGGGUCGAGGUCUUUACAGGCCUGUUGCCCCAAAGCUUUUUUCAUUUGGGCUUUCGAAGCCUGAAACGCCCUUUAACACACACCCUUUAUUUGACCUUGAAACGGGAACGGGAAUAGACUUGACGGACACUUUCGUUAUUUGUCCUUCAACAUCCUCUUAUUUGACCUUGAAACGGGAACCUCCCUACACACACCCCUUUAUUUGACCGUUUCCCCCUAGUUCAUCUCUACUGCUUAGCUAUCUUCAAUCGUUAAUUUCCACGCCAUAAUCGUAAAAUUGUGCAGUACGAAAAAUUUCAUGUAAAAAUAUAGCAAAACGUGAAAUGUA